AUUAGAAUGACAACACGUUGUUCAACGAUUGGCAGUUAAAGGAUGAAAAGAACAAGCACAGUCCAUCCGUUUGGACAGUCUCAAUAUGAACCACUACGGCUACAACGGACAGUGUUCAGGAUCUUCGGUUACUACCCAGGAGACUCGGGCUUUCUGCACUGGUCUAUGAUUGGAGUUUUUGUGUUUCACUUCUGGUCCCAGGCACAGCUUUGCUAUUGGGAAUUUCAACAUUUUUGGGCAAACAUUACAGAUGGUGACAUUUUUGUGGCUCUUAUAGUAAUAACCCCAUCUCUGACUCGGUUUGGGGUAUUGCUGAAGUGCACUUUCCUGUUUGUCAAACGAAAAAGGUUGAAACAGCUGCUGGACAAACUUAUCAAUUUGUAUGACCAAGCAAAACCAGAUGAAAAGUCAAUCUACCAAUCGGUAGCAUACUGGAGCCAAAAGUUCACAAAAUUUGAACUUAUUUUCUUUCUUGCAACUUGUGUGUUCUUUACAACCAUUCCUUUGGGAUUGAUGCUGUAUCAAGCCAUUUGGAGCCCAAACGAACCACGAUUAUUUUUACUCCCAACACAUGUAAACCUACCUUACAACUACCAGCAUUCUCCCGAAUUCGAAUUGACAUUCCUAUGGGUAACCUACAUCGUGUUCACCCCUUGCUUCAUGCUGGCUGGCAGUGAUGGUCUGUUCAUCGGAGUUUGUCUCCUUGUCACCAGCCAGUUCCGCGUGGUCCAGCACCAGCUGGAAUUGCUCGAUCAGGAAGUGAGCUCUAAACCCGAAUACUCGGAUGAACCCGCCUCAGAAAACAGUCGAGUCUUGCAUCAACUGAAGCUUAUUGCUGACCGGCACGGUCAAGCGAUCGAAAUUGCUCAUGUAAUGUCGUCACUUUUUGUGCCGAAUGUCUUUACUUGUUACACGAUUGCGGCCAUCAAGCUAGGGCUGACAUGUCUAAUUAUUUUGGAGGCGAAAAUCUUUGUAAAGUUAAUCUUCAUAUUUGGAUCAUUAGGAAUCGUAACAGAGAUUUUCGUCUACUCGUACGGCGGAUCAAAAUUGAUGGAAGAGAGUCAAAACGUCGGCCGCAGUGCAUACCAUUUCCCAUGGUAUCGCUACGACAAAAACGUUCGAAAGCUCGUCCAGCUGAUGAUGAUUCGGGCGCAGAGACCAUCCAGGGUGGAAAUUCCAUUUUUCGAGGCGACCAUUGCCACCUUUGGAAUGAUCAUUCGAACGGCUGGAUCCUACAUGACGCUAGUGCAGUCUUUGGUGGAAUUAAUGCCAAAAACAUCGUCCGUGCACCCAUUCCGCCAAUCCCGGUACGAACCUCUGCAAUCGCAACGGAGGGCAUUCAGGAUCUUCGGUUACUACCCGGGCGAUUCGGGCUUUCUGCACUGGUCACUGGUUGGCGUUUUCCUGUUUCAUUACUGGUCCCAGGUUCAGCUGUGCUACUGGGAGUUUCGCCACGGCUGGGCCAAGAUUCGCGAAGGUGAGGUGUUUGUGGCGCUGGAAGUGAUGACACCUACCCUGAGCCGGGUCGGGGCACUGCUCAAGUGCUCAGUUUUGAUCGUCGGACGGAAGAGGUUGAAAAAAUUUCUGGACAAACUUGUCGAGCUGCAUGACCAGGCUGAUGAGAAUGAGAAACCAAUCUACAAAUGGGUUACAUACUGGAGCCGACAAUUCACGAAUUUCGAACAGAACUUCUUUCUAGUCACUUGUCUCUUUUUUUCACUAUUUCCACUGGGGGUGAUGCUGUUUAACUCAAUUAUGAAUCCAAACAACCCACGGAUCUUUCUGCUACCAACGCAAGUAACUCUCCCAUACGAAUACAAGUACUCACCAAUGUUUGAGUUGACAUUCCUGCUGAUGUCCUACAUUACGUUUACCCCUUGCUUCAUGCUGGGUGGCAGCGAUGGCCUGUUCAUCGGCGUCAGUCUACUCGUCAGCAGCCAGUUCCGUUUAGUCCAACAGCAGCUGGAGAAUCUCGAGGUUGAAGAGAGCCUUUCCGAAGAUGUUCCCGCUGAGAACAAGCGAAUUUUGAAACAAUUGAAGCAAAUCGUCCAGCGUCACAAUCAGGCCAUUGAAAUGUCCCAGGAAAUGUCCUCGUUGUUCGUUCCGAACGUAUUUACAUGCUACACUAUCGCCGCCGUUAAGCUGGGUAUGGCAUGUCUUAUUAUGUCCAAGGCUGACAUCUUAGUGAGGAUUAUCUUCUUGUUUGGUUCGCUCGGAAUUCUUACAGAAAUUUACAUCUAUUCGUUUGGUGGGACUCUUUUGAUGGAAGAGAGUGAAAAUGUUUGCCACAGAGCAUACAAUUUCUCGUGGUAUCGCUACGACCGGGAAGUCCGUCAGCUCAUCCAAAUGAUGAUGGUUCGAGCUCAAAGGCCGUGCAGGGUGGAAAUACCAUUCUUUGAAGCAUCAGUAGUCACUUUCGGUGCCAUUAUUCGUACUGCUGGAUCUUACAUGACGAUUAUGCAGUCUUUUGUGGAAAACUAAACAUAAUAACAUAAGAUGUAGGAAUAAGAUUGGUAUACAAAUUUCAUCGCAGUUUUAAUGUAAAUAUUCUCAUAAAAGUUAACUGCACUCAAAAUAAAUAUGAUAAAAUAGUAUCAAAACCAACUCCUGAUAGCUUCAAACAAUUGCACACUGCUCAAUGUUGAACUCACUCAUCAAUAUUUUAAAAUCCCCUGCAUUUAGUAUAAUAAGCCAUAUAGAAGAUGUCCAAAAAUAUAUUAAAUUUCCGAACAUUUGUA